UGUUUGUGUAGCAUUGCUGCUUCCUUCCUGGUUGAUAUUAUGGAGCCUAUGUUACAAGAAAAGGCAAAAUGGAAGGGAAAGGCCACAACACAAGUAAAGGGAAUGAAAGCAGAACAAGUGUGGCCUCUUUUGGAGGAUUUCUUUGGCCUUGACAAGUGGUUCCCUACUCUCUCAACAUGUCUUCCCAUUGAAGGCAUUUCUGGACAACCUGGCUGUGUGCGCUUCUGUGCUGGUUUCAAGACCCCUUUGGAUGGCCAUCACAAACAAACUGUGAACUGGACCAAGCAGAAACUGCUCUCCAUUGACCCAACUCAAAGAACAUUUAGCUAUUCUAUUGUGGAUGGAAAUGUUGGGUUUCACUCCUACGUUUCAACUUUGAAGGUUCUGCAAAAGGAAGAUGAUGGGUGUGAGAUUGAGUGGCUAUAUGAAGUUGACCCUGUUGAAGGGUGGAAACUGGAAUAUCUUGAUUCCUUCAUUCACACUGGCUUGCAGGUUAUGGCUCAGAGGAUGGAAGGAGCUUUGAGGACCAUGGAAGAAGCACUCAAAACUUAAAAAAAGUAAUUAUACUUGUCAAAAUAAGUACUUUAUUAUUGUUGUUGCUGUGUUUG